GUGUCUAACUUCACGCGUCAUAUUUCAAACGUGACGGCGAGCGGCAUGCGCGCGACUUCGAUAGGUUAUAGCUCGAUAAUGUCUCGUUCAUCGUUCCACCUGUGUCUUCGUUGAUCUUGUCGAAGGUUAUAACCAGGUUGGAUCAUCCCUCCGCACCUGCUCUUCUCUCUAAAUCUCAAUGGAAUUAAGAAACAGCUGAUUAGUGUUCAGAGCUAUCAUGUUAUUUAGUGUUUAUUCAUGGAAGAUUUGUCGACACAUAUCAUGCAGCUCUAUGUCAAAAUACUCUGUCGCCACGUGCUGUGGCUCUCAAAGGCUCAAGUCGACAAAAACUGCAUACAUGGAAGAACCAGUACAGUCAGCGGAAGACAGUCGGUUGCGAGUUGCUGUGGCAACUCCUGUGAUUCCCUUUCCUGUUGAGAAAGCUGUUGAGAAGAUUGUACAUAAAGUCAAGAAUAAUCCAGGUCAAGUACAAAUGUCAGAAUGGUCACCUAUAAAAGUUGAUUACACCAAGCUUCACAAGCAUUACCUCAAGUUGUCAAAGAUUAAAUUGACAUCCCUGGUUGUGGCCACAACUAUGGCUGGAUAUGCAUUAGCUCCUCUACCAUUUGAUUUGUACACGUUUACUAUGUGUUCCCUUGGCACAGGCUUAGUCUCUGCCACAGCGAACGCAAUUAAUCAAUUUUUCGAAGUCCCUUUUGACGCACAAAUGUCACGAACAAAAAAUCGCGUAUUAGUACGUGGCCAUCUGACAUCCGUUCAAGCAGUGGCAUUUGCAGCCGUUUCUGGUGUCGCUGGAUUGUCGAUACUCUACUAUCAAGUGAACGGUGUGACAGCAGUACUGGGUGCUGCUAAUCUCGUCUUGUAUACACUCAUUUACACCCCCAUGAAACGUGUCAGUAUUGCCAACACCUGGGUUGGCUCUGUUGUAGGAGCUAUACCUCCGCUUAUGGGCUGGGCAGGUUGCACUGACGAUAUCCUGAUGCCGGGUGCUUGGAUCAUGUCCGGCAUCUUGUACGCGUGGCAAUUUCCACACUUUAACGCCUUGUCGUGGAACUUGAGGCCGGACUACUCACGCGCCGGUUAUCGAAUGAUGGCUGUUACAAACCCGGAUUUAUGUCGAAAAACAACGUUGAGGUACACAGUGGCUCUGACGGGACUAUGUUACUUAGCACCUAUACUGGACGUAACGAAUUGGUGGUUUGCACUGGCUUCGACACCUCUCAACGCGUCUUUCCUUUAUCUAGCUUGGAAAUUCAGUAAGCACUCGGACAGCGCUAAUUCUAGAAAAUUAUUCCGAUUUUCAUUGCUCCAUCUACCUCUGUUGAUGAUGUUGAUGCUCAUGAGUAAGAAGCACUGGAGUAUCACGAAGAAACAGGAGGACAAGGUCGUACUUCACAACGAGCCAGAAACCAAGGAUUUAGUGACAGCUUUGACCGCUAUCGCAUCGGCAACUUCGUCCGUAUAAUCAUAUGUUUGCUGUUGGACUUGUGAUAGUACAAAUCAAUGAAUGUAAAAAUCUCGCCAAACUCGAAGAAGCUACGAGAUUUUUACAUUACCUCGCUAGACGGUUUUGUAAAAUAUAACGUAUGUCGCCGUAUGAGGAUCUAAUUCUUAUCGAAUUUUAGAUCGGAUAUUUAUAUAGUCAAUAAAUAAAGCCGUCAGGUACUCACAUUUGACGGCAAAGAUACGUGAA